AUGAAGUUCAUAUUCUACCUUCUUUUGUUAGUGGUUUGUAAAGACUUCUAUAAAAUCUUAGAUGUGGAUAAGAAUGCUGAUGAUAAGACUAUCAAGGCAGCAUAUAGAAGAUUAAGUAAGCAGUAUCAUCCUGAUAAAAAUUCCGAUGAAGACGCUCAUGAAAAAUUCAUUGAGAUUGGUGAAGCUUAUGAUGUGUUAAGUGAUAAGGAAAAGAGACAAAAUUAUGAUAAUUAUGGCGAUCCAAAUGGCCAAGAAGGAAUUGAUUUGGGUGAUAUUUUCAACCAAUUCUUUGGAGGUAAUCGUCAAGGUAAUACUAGAAAUCAAAAGAGAAAAGGUGAACACAAGCAAGUCAGAAUCAACUUAGGUUUAAGUGAUUUUUAUACUGGAAGGGACCUAGAUUUUGAAUUAAAUAUGAAUAGAUUAUGUGAACAUUGUAAAGGUACAGGAUCAAGUGAUGGUAAACAACACACUUGUGGAAAAUGUCAAGGUCAAGGUAUUCUUCUAGUAAAGAAACAAUUUGGACCAGGAAUGUUUCAACAAUUUCAAGUUCAAUGUGAUGAAUGUCAAGGAAAAAGAUUCAAAAUCACCAAUAAAUGUAAGAAAUGUGAUAAUGGUGUAGUGAAUAAAUCCGAGAAAUUCAAUAUUUAUGUCAAACCAGGUGCUAAAAGAGAAGACAUGGUAGUCAUUGAAAAUGAAGGUGAUGAAAAUAUUGAUUGGGUUCCUGGAGAUAUUUUGGUUAAGUUAUUCGAAGAUUACAACAAAAAUUCUGGUUAUAGAAGAAUUGGGAAUAAUUUAUAUAGAACUGAAGUAAUAACUUUAGCAGAAGCUACUAAAGGAGGUUGGAAAAGACUGAUUGGAUUCUUCGAUAGUGAUGAAGAUAUAGUGAUUGAAAGAAGUAAAGGAGUUCAGGUUUUGAAUAAUGAAGUUGAGGUUAUCAAAGGUAAGGGUAUGCCAGUUGAUGAUGAUUUCGGGGACUUGUUCAUUGAAUAUAAGGUUUUGGUUCCUGAGCCACAAUUUGUUAAAGAUGAAUUAUAA